GCCAAAUACAGCUUUUUGCCCAAUUUUGAGGAAACACGACAAAGCGUAGUUAGUCAACAGGCGAACGACGACCACACUCGCUCUCACACACUGACUGACUGAGCUGAGACCAUCAUCAUAUCCGACCCCACGCCAGCACACACACACACACACACACACACACACACACACACACACAGAGCACGGAGAUCACAGAACAGCCAUGGCCAACUUGCCUAACCAAACGUUGUAUGUCAACAACCUCAACGACAAAAUCCACAAAGAAGAGCUGCGGCGGUCGCUGUACUUUCUGUUUUCACAGUUUGGGCCCAUCCUCGAUGUCGUCGCGCUUAAGACGCCAAAGAUGCGCGGGCAAGCAUUCAUCGCCUUCAAGGACAUCACAUGCGCCACAAAUGCCAUGCGUGCACUGCAAUCGUUCAACCUCUUCGGCAAGCCCAUGAAAAUCGCGUAUGCCAAGUCAAAGUCGAUUGCAAGCAUGAAGGAGGAUGGCACGUAUCAGCGAUAUCUCGCCAAGCAGAGGAAAAAGACCAGCGGCAGAGACGAGGAGGAGCCAGCGACAAAGGCGGCGCGAACGGAGACGGGCCGUCGGGCAAUGGAUGAGAGCGGGGACGCGGGCACAAACAAGAUCCUGUACGUGUCGCACCUUCCACCGACAGCAACCAAGUCUGACGUCCACAACCUCUUUGCCAAGUUUGAAGGCCUCGUCGAGGUGCGGAUGGUUGACGGGCGGCCAGACAUGUGCUUUGUCGAAUAUGAGACAGCGCGCGCAAGUGCGGUUGCAAUGCAGAACUUGGACGGGUUCAGCAUGGGCGAGGACAACACCCUCAGCGUCACAUACGCAAAGAAGUGACCGUGCCUGUGUGUGUGUGUGUGUGUGUGUGUGUGUGUGUGUGUGUGUGUGUGUGU